AUGCUAUCACUCUCCGACCUUCCCGUAGAGCUCUUGCUCGACCAUAUAUGCCCAUUGCUCCCUAUCCAAGAUCUCCUCUCUCUGUCGAGCACCAGCCACAGCUUCCAUAAUCUCAUUGCCGAUGAAACAUUCUGGCAUCGGAAGCUCGAGGAAGACUUCAACUUUUCUGGCUCAGAGACUGCUAGGACUCAUGGGUGGCAGUUUCUUUAUCAGCGAUUAUCGAAUCCUAGGCUAUUUGUGUGGGGGGAAAACAGUAGUGGUAGACUUGGGCUAGGAGAUGCAGGACGCUCACUACAGCCAGGAGCCCCUUAUCCAGUCGAGUUGCGUAUACCAGGUGCUCGCAUCGUGAGUCUAGUCGCAGGAGGAAUGUCGUUCCAUGCACUCGACUCAAAUGGAAACAUCCACGUCUGGGGUACUCUGGAUGGAAAUAGUGGUAUGCUGUGGAGCAAUGGGUUCUCCGUUGCUGCAAGGAGGGCUGAUCGUCCUAUGCGUCUCAAUCUCCCAGCAAAAUUCCGCAGUAUCAGCUGCGGGCGCCUGCAUAGCGCUGCAUUGGAUACCACUUCACAUGUCUGGGCUUUCACUUCCUGGGGAAGACCCUUCCGACUGGUAUCUCCUCUCCUUGACAAGUCGUCGCCAGAAGCUACACCCACCCAGAUAUCCAGCGGGUGGGGAUUUUCCUCUGUCCUCACCGAGUCGGGCGAUGUCUUUGUCUACUGGCCCUUCUCAGGACGCUUGCAACAAGUCAUUAACGAGAAGAAUAUGGAACUUGACGAAGGAGGCAUAUCCGAAUCGACGCGAGCAACCCCUACUAAGGCAGAGCCCACUGUGAUUCCCUGCUAUCCGUGGGACCUGCAAGACGUGGACCCUGUGCGAUUGCCGUCAAUUCCAACACGUCUCCCUAGGCUGCAAAGCACCGGACUCUCUGACGAGGAGCUGGAUGCCGAAACGAAGCUGGUCAAAAUUGCUGGCAUGGACCGUAUGAUCAUUGGCCUAACCAACAAAGGUCAUGUCUUGAGGUACGGUGAUCUUGGGGGCGAAGAUUCGUACCAGCGAGGACACUGGGAAUAUCUUGCCGAAUUCAGCGACGUGGAGAAAGUGAGAAUGCACCGUUUGUAUAGUGGUCCACCUGCCGAGGACCCGUCAUCGGAAAGACCGCGUAUAGAGCCUCCAGAGACGAUGCAUAUUACACACAUCACCGCCCAAUACAAGACAUUCGUAGCAUACUCUACUGGCUCACGUUCUGUCGUCCUCAUGGGCAAAUUCCCCUCAGAUGGCGCAGCACCCAGCCCGUCUGCUCCUCUUCAACCCACUAUAAUAGCUGGACUACAGAACCGUUCAGUUAUCUCUGUUGUGCUGGGCGAUUAUCAUCAUGGUGCAUUGACUUCCACAGGGAAGUUACUUACGUGGGGAGCAUUCUCCAAGGGUGCGCUGGGACUCGGAGAUCCGGUUAAGAUCGCGAUCGGCCAGCCAGGUGGAUUCGCAACCGAGCAACAGCGGGUGCGAGCAAGGAGGCACAUGCCACAUGAGCACCCUCCCUACGUCGGGACACCUACGGAGGUGCGCUUUGAUCACACCGAGAAGAAGCGUAGGGAGAGAUACUGUUUCGCCGCCGCCGCCGCAGGGUGGCAUAUGGGCGCCCUUGUGAUCGAUCUUGAACGUGAUGAGGAGGAGGACAAUGAGGACCCCUCGUCAGAGAUACCCGGUGCCUUCCCGGUUGAGGAUGUCAAUGUUGUUCCACCACCCCCUCCCGAUGCUCUUCAAGCACCAGGAGAGUAUCCCAUGUUGCCUUUUGGUCGCGGCGCCCUUCGUCUUGGCUUUGCCGCUAGAGGUAUGUUUCGAGGUCGGGGAACGGGGCGAGGUCGAGGCGGUUAG